AUGGUAUAUAUCACUGAUUCCAGCGAAUCCAUCGAUUUCGAGACGCAAUAUUUUACACCGUCAAUAUAUUUCACAGAAGACCACGGUAUAUUCGCUGCAGAGCCAGCUACUACUAGUCACGGAGGAUACAUUGGUAAAAUGUCCAAUUUUCAUCAACUUUCACCUAACAAAAAGGAGCUAGUUUUGGCGUUCAUUUUGCUACGCGCUCAAGAAGCAGCAUACCACGUGGUCUCGACGACUAAGGAGUUUGGAGUUGGAGGAAAGGAUUCACUCUUAUCGGAAGGAGAAAUUGAGCAUGCAGUUGAAGAUAUUAUGAAUGGAGAGCCAUUUAAAAAGAGGCAGAACUUAACAAAAGUAGGUGCGGACCGUGUGACCACCAUGUUCACAGUAUCGUCUUCCUUGGAACAUGAAGAAGUGUUUUCUGUCGCAAUGUCACGCCUUCAUGAAUCCGACGAUGACUCAUGGGCAUAUCCUUAUUUUGCUGAUACGAAUGAUCGAGGGAAUGUAACUCGUUCGAAGCCUUUCACUUCGAUGGCGGACAUCUUGUUGUAUCGGAAACGAUAUGAUAACACCACUAUGUUAUUCUCGUUUGUCUCAGUAUCCGGUUCAAUUCGGACUGUAGAAGCAGCAGCGUCGGUAUCGCUUCGAAUGUUUAUUGAAGAAAAGACGCCAGCUGAGGCCAUCAGGUCGCCGGCUGCAAUGUAUGAUCCACGAGACAAGAAGUAUUACUGCGAGCAUGACCAGAAAUUCAGAGAGCGACUCUAUUUGAAAUACAAACUUGUAUGUGAAGACAUGAAGACGGGAGACAAGGAAAUACAAGAUCGAGUGGUUAUGGCUAUGAAGAUCCGGGAUAUAAACGUCGGCUAUUCAGACAAAGUCAUGAUAGCUUCUGUGUCACGACAACCUAUGGAAUACAAUUAUCCGGUUGGUUUCUGA